AUGUUGAUUCCUGAUGAUAAUGAACUUAACAUGUUUCCGCCAGCUGCGUUAUUCGUAAAUUAUACACCCGGAUUAUCCAAAGAAGGAUAUGAAUUCUUGUUACCAUUUCUUACUCAAUCAUCACUUCAACAUUUUACUAUAACUUCAUAUUAUACUGACAAUUUUUCGCAUAAAUUAGGACAAAAUUUACCAACUACUUUAAAAUGUUUAGAAUUAAAAAAGUGUUCUUUGACUUCUGAAAGAUUCGAUAAUCUUUUAAAAAAUUGUAAUCAUUUAGUUAAAUUAGAAAAGCUUAAUAUCGGAAAUGAUCAACCAAUGUUGGAUCAUUAUAUUAGUCUUAGAAAAUUUAUUAACGUUAAGUCUUGUAAAAGUUUAAAAGAAAUUAUAUUUUAUUACAAAGAUUUUUUUAUUGAUGUUUCGAUGGAAGAAAAGAUUAAGGAAGAAAUUAAGGAAAUUACAAAUUUUGGUGUGGUUUGUAGAUAUUUUGGUUAUGAAGAUAAGUCUGAUGAUUAUUAA